AGGUAGACUGCCGUUACGAGGCGCCGUUCGGAGACAUCACAGGCGGUGUGUAAACGGCUGUGCAAUAACUGGGAGGAAGGAGGGCAGCAUCUCUGGUUUUGUUUGUGCCGAGGAAGGAAGUUUCUUUGCAGGAAAAAGCAAUGAAAGGGCUAUAAUUAUCUCCGACUGCUUCUCUUUUUUUCUCCUUCCAGCCUCACGGGGACGGUCGGUUUAAAGAGGAAAGGAUCGGCGGGUCGCCCGAAAACAUGGAGGGUUAGUCGGCGGUAGAAGCAGUUAUUGCGCCGUGUUUUGAACUCCAACACAAUCUGUGAACUUGUGCACUUUUCAACUCGCGCAUUGAGUUGUUUGAAUUAGUUUAGUGGGAUCGAUAUUUGUGAGCUGGGACCGCCUGGAGCCAUCCGCACUCUUCCUGUCGAAGGUUUAGGACUGCAGCGGUGAUGGAAGACAUCGACUUGGAGCAGCAGGAGCCGUUUCCUGUGGACAGAGAUGGGAGGCAGGUGAGGGAUGGAGUGGACCGGCCGGAUGGUGGCAGGAAGCUGGGAUGUUGUGAGAAGUUCCAGAGGGCCGUCUCAAGGUGGAUGCUUCCAGAAGACUCCCGCAGCAAGUACCUGGAACGUGCCAACUGCUGCCCACCCCCCAUCUUCAUCAUCCUCAUCAGUAUCGCAGAGUUGGCAGUGUUUAUCUACUACGCUGUGUGGAAACCUCAGAAGCAGUGGGUGACCCUGGAGGAAGGCAUCUGGAAAAGCCCUCUGACAUACAGGCCUGAGCACAGGGAGAAAGCAUGGUGCUUUAUCUCCUACAUGUUUGUCCACGCUGGAGUGGAGCACAUUUUGGGUAACCUACUGAUGCAGCUGCUGCUGGGAAUCCCGUUGGAACUGGUCCACAAAGGAUUUGAAGUGGGAAUGGUUUACCUCGCCGGCGUCCUCGCAGGCUCUUUGGCCAGCUCCAUCUUUGAUCCUCUCAGUGCCUUGGUGGGAGCCUCUGGGGGUGUUUAUGCUCUCCUCGGAGGCUAUUUCAUGAAUGCAGUGGUGAAUUUCAGAGAGAUGAUCCCUCUCCUUGGAGUGUUUCGUAUCCUCGCCAUAGUGUUAAUCGUUGGCACAGAUUUUGGAUUUGCCUUCUACAGAAGAUUUGCCAAUCAUGAGGAGGGUGUAAAGGUGUCCUUUGUGGCCCAUUUUGGAGGAAUUGUGGCUGGUAUGACAAUCGGCUAUGUCUUCUUCAGUGCCUACAACAAGAAGCUGCUCAAAGACCCACGUUUUUGGCUUUGUAUAGUGGGCUAUGUAGUGUUUGUGCUCUUUGCUGUACUCUUCAACAUCUUCCUUUCUCCAGCCACAUAGGACCACAUCUGCAUUCACCUGUUUUUUUAUUUCUCCAAAAUCCUUUUGUCACUCAGGAAGCUGAAUUUUACUGACGUGUUACAGAACAAAGUUGCUUUUUAGGGACUUCGUGAAUUCUGUACACCUGGUUUGUUUUUAUAUUUUUAUCAGUCAGAUUUUGCUCUUUUUAGAUUAAAAUUUGAGUUCAAGUGGAAGAGUGCCUCCUGCUGUUUUAGUGUGGCAUUGCAAACGUUUUCCACAAGGUCGAGAACGUACCUAAUUUUAAAUGCAGUGACCCACUUGUAUUUGUCUUAAUCAAGAUAUGAUGUUUGCUGUUUCCUUUUUUGUUUUGUGUGAAACUAUUUUACUGUCAGGAUAUUACAGACUCACACUAGUCCUGGAUAGGAAAUGAUGUUCUGAUUGUUUAACAGAAUAGCUCCUUUGUAAAGCUUUCAGUUAAUUUAUCAACAGCUCUCACUGACUUCGCGUCAUCAUAGGACAUGCCUUAACUGUGGUGAAAUCCCUCACCACAAUAAAACAACACACGAUUGAUGAAAACAUUGUAUUAUCCUGUGACAUAUCACAUUUUUUUCAGACAUAUUUUUUGUAUUACGAGAAGUUUACAAUGUAGGGAUGAAUGCGUAUGUGUCGGUGUUCUUUCCAUCUUUCUUCCCUUCUCUUCUCUACUUGACUAUUUGCUGUUUAAGUCAGAUCUUGUUAUCAGGACAUGACUAAUAAGGCGCAAAGAUGUAAACCAGCUCUUUCACAUACCAUCUGUAACCUAUUCCUCCUUAUUAUGGACAGUGGUUGAUAUUAAAAUAUUCCUUAUUAAAUGUGUGAAAAUUGUUCGAUGUUAAGUGUAAGUUAGAAUUCAAAGAGUACAUUUUCUGUUGCGGAAGACUAUAAAGGAAAAAUGUUAAAUUUUUAAAUAUUUUUUGUGACAAGGGGCAUUAGAGGGCUACAGAUUCAGAAACGGAUCUUAUUUGUACUUGAUUUAUCUAAGUUUAAGCAGAAAUUAUGAUCAUCAAUUAAAUAGAGACCUUCUAUACUUGGUUUUACAUUUCUACAGAAAAUCUUUUUAAAUAAAGUUUGAUUCUUUUUUUUUA